CAUCUCCUCCACCAACUCCCCACCCUCCAUCUCUACCUCCACGGCUCCACCUCCACUCCACCUCACACGCCUCAUCGAGCUGCCAAGAACCACCGCCUCUGAUGGCCGCCGCCGCCGCCACCGUCUCCGUCCGCUUCCACCCGGUCGCCGCCGCGGGCCGGCGCGGGGGCCGCCGCCUGUCGGGGGUCAUCCGGGCGCAGUCCGCCCCCGCGGCGGCGGCGGCGCUGACGCAGGACGACCUGAAGCGGCUGGCGGCGGUGCGCGCGGUGGAGCAGGUGCAGAGCGGGAUGGUGCUCGGGCUCGGGACCGGGUCCACGGCCGCCUUCGCCGUCGCGGAGAUCGGCGCGCUGCUGGCGUCCGGGAAGCUGAGCGGCAUCGUCGGCGUGCCUACCUCCAAGCGCACGUUCGAGCAGGCGCAGUCGCUCGGCAUCCCGCUCUCCACGCUCGACGACCACCCGCGCAUCGACCUCGCCAUCGACGGCGCCGACGAGGUCGAUCCAGACCUUAACCUUGUGAAAGGGCGGGGUGGUGCCCUUCUCCGGGAGAAGAUGGUCGAGGCCGCAUCGGACAAAUUUAUCGUUGUUGUUGACGAGACAAAACUAGUUACCGGCUUAGGAGGGAGUGGUCUAGCCAUGCCUGUGGAGGUUGUGCAGUUCUGCUGGAAGUACAACCAAGUGAGACUGCAGGAGCUAUUCAACGCCGAAGGGUGUGAGGCAAAGCUGAGAUUGGAUGAAGGCGGCAAACCCUAUGUUACUGACAACUCAAACUAUAUUGUCGAUUUAUACUUCAAGACGCCAAUCAAGGAUGCACUGGGAGCUGGGAAGGAGAUCUCGGCUUUGGAAGGCGUUGUUGAGCAUGGGCUGUUCCUGGACAUGGCGAGUUCGGUGAUCAUCGCUGGAUCAGAUGGUGUCAGUGUCAAAACAAAGUGAGUUUUUGGUUUAGUCGUUGCUGUGUCAAAUUUACGAUUUUUGGUGUAAAAGCAGGCAAUAAGAUGCUUCACUAAUAAUUGAAUAUAAUCUUCCAUUGCUGGUUCCUCUUGUAACAUGGUUUAUCUUGGA